AUUACAUUGCCGGCACAAUAUGUGUACAACAUCGCCACGCGUACUUCACUUUCUGGAAGCUUCUGGAACGUCCGGUUAUUUUCCAUCGCUGGCGCGAAUCCCCCGGCAGUUUCGCAUGUGCUGCCUAUAUAUAUUUACAUUAUUAUUUGUGCACACUGCGUUUGUGUGGGUGUACAGCAGUGCACGGUUGGCACUUGAGUUGGGGUGAUACAUCACACAUUGCGUGCGGUGCGGUUGGUUUAUCGAUUUUCAGUGUAUAUGCUUGUACAUUACACGUAUAUUACAAACAGCUCGCAGCUGAAGCUCUAUACAUAUACACAUGCAACCAUGGAAUUUUUGUGAUAUUUCAUUCAGAUUUUGUCUCGAGAGUGCGAGAUUGUUCGAUUGACUCGACGAUCGUGUGUAGAUAGUGGCUUGAUCAUGAGCUUGCAGAACACAAACGUUCGAGACAGCAACGAUACGUCACGUCGCUCUUUCAUAUCGGUAGCAGCAAUGAACACCAUUUUCAAAUUUUCCAACUGUCAAUAUUUUGUACCACAAAUGGCAAUAAUUUCGCAUAAUCAUAUUAUGAUGCUCCAAAAUAAACGACACUCUUUGGGAGCAACUUGAAUUGCACUUGGUUCAGUGCAGUAUCAAUGAGUAUUAAAAAUUAUGCGUGCACAACUUGGCUUGACUGAUGUUCGAGUCUCAAUUUUGUCAGCCCAGCCAACGAGAUACCGCCAGCGAAUUGCGACCAUCUCACGACGUGAGUUAGCGUGGCCCGCAUAAGUAGCGUGUGAUUGCGUCACGCACGUGGCCCGCAACGUCAAUGCAUAUGCAUGAAUAUAUAUAUACUUAUAUGUAUAUAAAACGUAUAGGAUAAUGUGACUUCACUUUACGCGCUCGUGUUCAAUCGCUCGUACACCAGACUCGGAUACUUCAACAGUCAAUAGCAAAGGAGAACGCAGCUGUUUAUCGUCAGCUCUUAUAAUUUUUAUUGCUUAAUAAAUUAUUGAUACUAAAGUAUUACACAACGUAUACCGAUAUGCCAAAAUAAAACUUUUGAUCUCAAAACCAAGAAUGAAGAUCUAACCAUUGCCACCAAUUGAAGAAUUAAAAAUUCAGAUUCAGCCGAUAUGUCUAAUUUGUGGAAUUCUCGACUGAGAUAUUUGGUGAGAAAAGCAAAGAGUUUUGAGUCAAUAUUAGAAUGGAACUGUCGCAGAAAUGAAACUCCGGGAACUUCGCAUUGCAGAGGUUAUCAGGCUCUUCGAACAGCCAGGUGCAAUAAUUUGAAUAUUAGUUCCGCUGCUAAUGAGAGCGAAAGUGCAAAAAUAGAGAAUCAACUAAGUUUUGAAAGAAUAACACACAAUAAAAAAAGUUUUCAAAAUUUGGGGCUCGUGCUAGGUGGCCUAGGUUUUGCUCUAUUACUCUGUGAUAACCCACACACGCUUUCUGUUAGGAGAUUCUUCUUAGCCGCUCAAUAUGGUAAUAUACCUGACUUGAAAAGGUCUUUAGAUAAUGGAAUUGAUCCAAAUAUGAAGCAUCCACUAGGUUGGACAGCACUACAAACGGCUGCAAUCAAUGGUAAAACUGAAGCGUUAAAAUUACUGAUCAAACAUGGAGCUAAUGUAAAUGACAGUGAUGACUUUAGUAAUAUUUAUAAAGUUGCUGUGGAUAAAAGGAUGCAUCCAUCUGAGGCUCUGAGUCAAAGAGAAAAUGAAUUCUCAGAUAGAUUGAUAGCUCGAGCUACUUUCAAAGGUUUUACAGCAUUACACUAUGCUGUUCUAUCUGGUUCAAAAGCUUGUGUAGAAAUAUUACUAGAAGCUGGAGCCAAUCCAACAAUAGAAAACGAAGCAGGUCGAAGAGCUGUUGACUAUGCUUACAUGGAUAAGGAUAUAGAAAAUAUCCUUAUAGCUUAUUCUUUGAAAUUUGAUGAAAUGCAAAAAGAAAAAGAAGCCGAAGAAAGAAGGCGGUUUCCAUUAGAACAAAGAUUGAAACAGUAUAUAGUUGGACAGGAAGGAGCCAUUUCAAUUGUUGCCUCAACAAUCAGACGGAAAGAAAAUGGAUGGAUCGAUGAAGAACAUCCUUUAGUUUUUUUGUUUUUAGGUUCUUCUGGUAUUGGAAAAACAGAGUUAGCUAAGCAAUUGGCAGCAUAUAUUCAUAAGAAUAAAAGUGAUACAUUUAUAAGACUUGAUAUGUCAGAAUAUCAAGACAAACACGAAGUUGCCAAACUAAUUGGAGCACCACCAGGAUAUGUAGGUCAUGAUGAUGGAGGUCAGCUGACCAAGUUACUCACAAAAAAUCCAUCCGCCGUCGUUUUAUUUGAUGAAGUCGAUAAAGCUCAUCCUGAUGUUCUUACAGUAUUGCUGCAAUUAUUUGAUGAGGGUAGAUUAACAGAUGGAAAAGGAAAAACGAUAGAGUGUAAAAAUGCUAUAUUUAUAAUGACAUCUAAUCUUGCAAGUGAAGAGAUUGCUGAGCACGCAAUGCAACUUCGAGGAGAAACAGAAAUAAUAAUAACUAAAAGACUUGACGAAAAAACUCUUGAAGAUGCAGAACCAGAAAACAUAGAAAUUUCAAGACAUUUUAAAGAUCAAGUUGUUCGCCCAAUUUUAAAGGCACACUUUCGUAGAGAUGAAUUUCUUGGUCGUAUAAAUGAAAUUGUUUAUUUUUUACCAUUUUCACGAGCAGAACUCCUAAAAUUAGUCGCCAGGGAACUUGAAGCUUGGGCAUCAAGAGCACGUGAUCGUCAUAAGAUCGAAAUUAAGUGGGAACGAGAGGUUUUAUCAGUUUUAGCUGAUGGUUACGACUCUCAUUAUGGUGCUAGGUCAAUCAAGUAUGAAGUCGAGCGACGUGUUGUGAAUCAACUUGCUGCUGCACAUGAACGUGGACAACUUGAAAAAGGUUGCUGCGUUUUGCUGAAAGCUCGGUGGCAUGAAAAUGGAAGUAGUAUUGGUAUAUCUGUAAAACCAGCAAGUAAAAAAGAAUACGUUGAUCUUGUCGAACCAGAUCAGUUUAUAAAAAAUAUUAAUUCCAAUUUUUGAAAUUACGGCAUCACAAGAACAUUCGGUGUAAUGUUAAUUUGAUUUAAAAUUCGACGAUUUGCAGUUGUUUCGAUAAUCACCAUAUUAAUUCUAUAAAUUAAUUUUAAAAACUGUUUUAAAAUUAAAGAAUAAAAACAUCGAAUCUAAUAAAAUAGCAAUAUUCUCGUCGGAUUGUCGUAAGCGCAAAAACGACUUGUAAAUAAAGUUGCCAUUGUUAUUUUUUGCAUGUUGAACAAUUAUAUACACAACUGUACAGAAAGAUAUUUUUAGAAUA